CAGGCCCAGGUCUGGUGCCGCCGGUUCCGAGCAGCGAGAAGCGCGCAAGCCCCUCCGCCCGGGUCACGUUUGCCCCGCAGCACACGCUCAUGGAGGAGCGCACGUGUUCCCCGAGGGAGCCCCGCGUCUGCCCUGCGGCCGUGCUUUGCCGCGGCCCUGUGGAGCCGCUCAUCUUCCUUGCUAACUUUGCCUUGGUUCUGCAGGGUCCGCUCACCACGCAGUAUCUCUGGCACCGAUUCAGUACUGACCUCGGCUACAAUGGCACCCGCGACAGCCAUAGCUGCAGCAACCACAGCGUGAACCCUACCAUGCAGGAAGUGGAAACCCUCACCUCCCACUGGACCCUCUACAUGAACUUGGGCGGCUUCCUGGUGGGACUCUUCUCGUCCACCCUGCUAGGGGCCUGGAGUGACUGUGUGGGUCGCCGCCCUCUCCUGGUGCUGGCCUCACUCAGCCUGCUGGUCCAAGCCGUGGUGUCCAUCUUUGUGGUGCAGCUGCAGCUCCAUGUUGGCUACUUUGUGCUGGGCCGCAUCCUCUGUGCCCUCCUCGGAGAUUUCAAUGGCCUCCUGGCUGCUGGCUUUGCCUCCGUGGCAGAUGUCAGCUCCAGCAGCAGCCGCACCUUCCGCAUGGCCCUGCUGGAAGCGUGCAUCGGGGUGUCGGGGGUGCUGGCCAGCCUUCUUGGGGGCUACUGGCUGCGGGCCCAAGGUUAUGCCAACCCCUUCUGGCUGGCCUUGGCCUUGCUGAUAGCCAUGACUCUCUACGCAGCAUUCUGCUUUCGCGAGACUGUGAAGGAGCCGACACAAGCCCGGCUGUUCACGCUCCGUCACCACCGAUCCAUUCUCCGGCUCUAUGUGACUCCAUCCCCAGAGAAGUCCAGGAAGCAUUUGGCCCUGUACUCGUUGGCCAUCUUCGUUGUAAUCACUGUGCACUUUGGGGUCCAGGACAUCAUGACCAUCUAUGAGCUGAGCGCACCCCUCUGCUGGGACUCCAGGCUAAUUGGUUAUGGUUCUGCGGCUCACCACCUCCAGUACCUCACCAGCCUGCUGGGCCUUCGGCUUCUUCAGUGCUGCCUGGCCGACACCUGGGUGGCUGAGAUCGGGCUGGCCUUCAACAUCCUGGGGAUGGUGGUCUUUGCAUUUGCUACCAUCACAGCCCUCGUAUUCACAGGAUAUGGGCUCUUCUUCCUGUCGUUAGUCACUACGCCUGUCAUCCGGGCCAAGCUCUCCAAGCUGGUGAGCAAGUCAGAGCUGGGUGCUCUCUUUUCUGCUGUGGCCUGUGUGAAUAGCUUGGGCAUGCUGAUGGCUUCCGGCAUCUUCAACUCACUCUACCCAGCCACACUGAACUUCAUGAAGGGGUUCCCCUUCCUCCUGGGUGCUGGCCUCCUCUUCAUCCCAGCCAUUCUGAUUGGGGUGCUGGAGAAGAUUAAUCCUCACAGUGAAUUCCAGCAGUUUCCCGAGAGCCGUUGAUCUGUCCAGACCAGAGGACAGAGAACAGUGGAGCGGAGUGAGCACUAACCAACUGGAAAGAUACCUCUGGGGUCCUGGCCUACAGCAGCACCAGCAGCUUCUCUCAAAGGGCAGUGUUCGCCUUGGACAAGGUGUUCAAGCUAGACCAAGGCUCCCUACCUCAUCCACAGCAUGCCAACUUACAACUCUAGGAUACAGAAUCAUACCUCACAGGCCCAUCAGGGCAGGCAGUGAGGGAGCACUGGGACAAGGGUCUGAUCACCCUUUAUGCCAUCCAUCACUCAGAACCCUCUAGGGGAGAGGAGAGGGCCUGAUGGAGGUGACACUUCAGGAACCAGCUGGCGCAUGAAGGCCGGCAUCUCUGCUUCCAGCCAAAAUGGUACAGCCCAUGGGGCUCAGUUCAUGAUGUGCACACCAGCCGCCAGUCAUUCUUUAGUGAUAAAUAUGGUGUUCCAUUAGUGCCAGCCUUGUGGGGAGGGAGGAUUGUGGGAAGGGCUUGGUGCCUCUGGAGGGAGAGGGCUGCUGUCUCUGGUAGGGAGCCAGUCCUUGGCUGUGGCCUGCCUGUCCUAGGACCUCACCAUGCCAAUUAUGAUAAUAAAUCCAUACAAACACACCAAAAUGAACCUUCUGGCCUCCAGAGCAUGGGGCUUUGGGGCCCUCUGUUUUCCUGCCCCUGGUCUCCCUGCCACAGGUCAGAGAACAGUAGGUGCUGG